AUGGAAAAGUACAGCGGUGAUGAUCAACCUACGGACAUCCGACCAACACCUGAUGAUUUUCUUAAUUACUUGCCCUGGGCUUGUAACCAGUUACAACUGGAUUCGACUAUUCUUAUCAAUAAGGUUUAUCAAAAUGAGUACGUUAGCUCAGCUUUAACAGACCGAAGUAAAAAGGCUAAAAGUCGCGUAAAACUGACACAAUCGCGUUACGAUGUCGGAUCGGAUCAAGAAAAGGAGUCGACUUCAGGUUUACCACAAUUACAGUCAAGUCACAAGAUAGUGAGGAUAUCAGCAACCUUCGACAGCUUUGAUAACUUGGUUGAAAUUAAAUUUAUCAAAAACAAACACAUACCAAGAAUACUGUUUAAAAUAAUCGGUUUAAUUGUAAAAUUCUUGCCAAAUAUUAAUAAAAUUGUCAUCAAUGGUGGAAUGGAUAAGUACACGUUAUAUGAGAUACAUAAGUUUCUAAAUAGUUCUAAUAUAACUGAAAUUUGUUUAGAUGGCUCAUUUUUAAAAGAAGCAAAUUAUGACAUUUUGCUGGAAACACCUAACUCUAUUCGUCACCUAUCUUUAUCAAUAUGCAAAAUAGAUGAUUUAGUUGUUGGGAAUAUAGCCAGAAAAUUAAGUUAUCCAUUACCUGCGUCUAAAUCUUUAUUUAUUCUCAAUUUAUCUUCAAACAGUGUAACAGACGUUGGAGCGAGAUACUUAGCAGAUGCUUUAAGAUCGAAUCGUCAGUUAAGUUACUUGAGCUUAGCUGAUAACAGAUUGACUGAUCAUGGAGUUGGUCUUAUUCUGGAUAUACUUACAGAAUUUUCAUUAACAGAAGACGAAGUAUUCGAAACUAGACAGAGACAUAUGCUAUAUUUAAAACGUAAAAAUGAAUUAAUCGAACUGAUGCUUAAAGAAUUAAAAGCUGGUGAGUUCGAUAAGAAAAUGAAAAGGAAAUCGAUAAGACCAACUUCAGCUGCGUCUGGCAAAAAAGGGAAGUUAGAAAAAGAUACUUCUUUGAAAUCGAUCGCUGAUCCUAAAAGUCUUGCUAACUUAGAUAUGUUAUACUACGAAAAAGCAUUGAACAUGGCUGAAAGUAGUCUCGGCGAAUUUAUGGAUCCAUACAAUUCAUACGACACAGUUGUAAAAGAUGGUACGGUGUACUCGAAAGGGAACAACGCACUGUGCUAUUUAAAUUUGGCGUAUAAUAACCUUUCAUAUUUAUCUUUGAAAAAGAUUUUAGGCGUGUUAAUGUUUCAGAAGCUUCUAGACAGAAAGCCAAGGGGUCUGAUCAAUUUGUCGAUAGAAGGUAAUAAUUUACCAAUAACUUGUAAGGAGAUAUCUGAAAUCGAUGAUAUAUUAGAGAUGGGAUUGAUGGCACACAACCGUAGACUCUCAGCGAGUAAGAAAAGACCGCAAUCAAAGACUACAUCCCGUUGA